AUGGGGACCUGUACUGUGGAGACUGAUGCCAACAUCUCCUCUGGCCUUGAGAGCAACACCACGGGCAUCACCGCCUUCUCCAUGCCCGGCUGGCAGCUGGCACUGUGGGCUGCGGCCUACCUGGUCCUCGUGCUGGUGGCCGUGACGGGCAAUGCCACGGUCAUCUGGAUCAUCCUGGCCCAUCAGAGGAUGCGCACGGUCACCAACUACUUCAUUGUCAACCUGGCCCUGGCCGACCUCUGCAUGGCCGCCUUCAACGCUGUCUUUAACUUCGUCUACGCCAGCCACAACAUCUGGUACUUCGGCCGCGCUUUCUGCUAUUUCCAGAACCUCUUCCCCGUCACGGUCACGUUCGUCAGCAUCUACUCCAUGACCGCCAUCGCCGCAGACAGGUAUAUAGCCAUCGUCCACCCCUUCCAGCCACGGCUCUCAGCCCCUGGCACCAGAGCAGUUAUUGCUGGCAUCUGGCUGGUGGCCCUGGCCCUCGCCUUUCCCCAGUGUUUCUACUCCACCAUCAUCAUGGACCAGGGAGCCACCAAAUGCGUAGUGGCCUGGCCCGAAGACAACGGUGGCAAGGUGCUCCUUUGGUACCACCUCGCCGUGAUCGCCCUCAUCUACUUCCUUCCUCUCGCGGUGAUGUUCUUCGCCUACAGCGUCAUCGGCUUCACGCUGUGGAGACGCGGGGUGCCCGGGUACCAUGCUCAUGGCGCCAACUCCCAGUACCUGCAGGCCAAGAAGAAGUUUGUGAAGACCAUGGUGGUGGUGGUGGUGACGUUUGCCAUCUGCUGGCUGCCCUACCACCUCUACUUCAUCCUGGGCAAGUUCCAGGAGGACAUCUACUGCCACAAGUUCAUUCAGCAGGUCUACCUGGCGCUCUUCUGGCUGGCCAUGAGCUCCACCAUGUACAAUCCCAUCAUCUACUGCUGCCUCAACCGCAGGUUUCGCUCUGGAUUCCGGAUCGCUUUCCGCUGCUGCCCAUGGGUCACGCCAACCGAGGAGGAUAAGAUGGAGCUGACUCACACGCCCUCUCUCUCCAGGAGGGUCAACAGGUGUCACACUAAAGAGACUUUAUUCAUUAGUGGGGAUGUGGCCCCAUCUGAGGCUACCAGUGGGCAGGCUGGGGGUCCCCCAGAUGGGGUGCCUACUGAAUCCUGA